GUAGCAUGACUUCCGACUUUUUCCGUGUUGUUAAUGAAGCCCGUCGCCAUUCUUUAGGUCCAUUCAGUCCAUCUUUUAAUAUACAAACAUGUCUAUUCGAAGGUCUGCAAAAACACUUGCCCGAAGAUGCACAUAAACGUGUGAGCGGUCGUUUACAUAUAUCACUAACACGCGUACAUGAUGGCAAGAACGUUAUAGUAUCAGAUUUCAAUUCCCGUGAUGAAUUGCUUCAAGCUCUACUAUGUGCCUGUUUCAUACCUGGUUUCUCUGGCAUAUUGCCACCACGCUUCCGUGGUGUACGCUAUAUGGAUGGUGCAUUCUCUGAUAAUCUGCCUAUACUAGACGAGAAUACUAUCACUGUUAGCCCAUUCUGUGGAGAGAGUGACAUAUGUCCACGUGAUCAGAGUUCACAAUUAUUCCAUCUUAAUUGGGCCAAUACAAGCAUAGAAAUUUCACGUCAAAAUAUUAAUCGUUUCGUGCGCAUCUUAUUUCCACCACGUCCAGAAUUUCUAUCGAAAUUUUGUCAACAGGGAUUUGACGAUGCAAUGCAAUUUUUACAUCGCAAUAAUUUAAUCAAUUGCCGUCGUUGUGUUGCCGUCCAAUCCACAUUUGUUGUAUCCGAGACUGUAUCACAUCCACAAGACUUUGAUCCCGACUGCAGAGAAUGCAAAAAACACAGAACUGAUGCAUUAAGCUCUAAUAUGCCUCAAACCGUGCUCGAUGUUAUACAGGACUACAUUGAACAAGCUAACAAGGGGUUAGCAAAUUGGCUCUUCAAACAUCGUGGAAUUAAAUUAUUGUCACUGCCAGCAACAGUACCUAUGGAUUUCUUUUUAGCAACAGUUUCAAAAAUUUCAUCUUUGACGCCAAAAUUAACAAAACAGAUGCGUAUAUUGGUUGAAGAAUUACUACAGCAAUUAAAUAAUACAAUACAAGCUCGAGUUUUUAACAAAUUUACGAUUUGUGAUCCACCUCAUUUUGAUACUACUGGUCUUUUACAUUCCAGCCGACUUUAUGGUCCACGAGUAUCUAUAUUAGUAGAUGAAUAUGGUGCACCUCCACUUGAAACAGAUGUGGAUAAUUACGAACAUGUAUUAAAAGUUACUACUCACAACGAUGCGCUAUACGCUUAUUAUUACACAGAUGCACAAACUAAUAAAGUAAAAGUCACAGAAAUAUUUGAUAUGACUGAACAUGAUGAACUUGCAACUGAUAUGCAAGUAUAUGAAGGUUCUUGCGAAGAUCUUCCAAAUCCACAUCAGCAUCAUCAUAAUGCCGUUGUCAGUGAAUGGAAUGGUGUAGAAUCUGAUUUCUUUAUUGAUCAACAAACCGGAUCUGCAGUACCAAUAAUAAAUACUGAAUUUAAUAAUGUCACAACACAUUUUUCUGGAAACAUUUAUGAAUUAAAUGAACAUAUGGGACAAAAUGUUGUAGAUACUGGUAUUUUUAAUGAUCAAAGAGAAACUAACAUAGUAUUUCCCCAAACCCCUGCCAUUACACCUAUGGCACUUUCAUGCAGUAAUGAAUCCAUACCAUCAAACUCUCUAGCCGAUACAUUGAGAAUAACGUAUCAAAACUCUACGGAUUUAUGUAUUGAUAUUGAAUAAUUAAAUUAAUUUUUAGAUAUAUAAGUUAGGAAA